CUAAAAAGAAGAAAACAAGAAUAGAAAGAAAGAAACUCACAGUUGCAGAGAAGGAAGAAGAAAAACCGAUCCAGAUUACAACAGUGAGAUUCUGAGCUCAAUUUCUAUGCGAUGAGUUCUCAUCAACGAUCUCCGCCACCGUUACCAAGAGACAGAGGAGGUGGAGGAGGAGGUCGUAACACCACCGCACCACCACCACCGGAAGAAGAAGCAGAAGAAGUUUACAAUAUUAUUCCAAUCCAUAACCUGUUAGAUGACCAUCCAUCUCUACGUUACCCAGAAGUUCGUGCUGCUACAGCUGCUCUUCGUGCUGUUGGUGACCUUCGUAAACCACCGUUCAGACCAUGGAGGAAUGAUAUGGACCUUCUCGAUUGGCUUGGUAUUUUCUUUGGCUUUCAAAUUGAUAAUGUUAGAAAUCAAAGAGAACACAUUAUUCUUCAUUUAGCUAAUGCUCAGAUGCGUUCACAACCUCCUCCUGAUAAUAUUGAUGCCCUAGAUCCUACUGUGUUGAGGAGAUUUCGUAAGAAAUUGUUGCAGAAUUAUACUUCUUGGUGUGGUUAUUUAGGGCAUAAGUCUAAUGUCUGGAUUUCAGAUCGACGUGGUAGUGGUAUAUCUAGUUCUGAUCAUCGCCGUGAGUUGCUUUAUACGUCUCUAUAUUUGUUGAUUUGGGGUGAAUCAGCUAAUCUUAGGUUUGUGCCUGAAUGUCUGUGUUAUAUCUUUCAUAAUAUGGCUAUGGAACUUAAUAAAAUUUUAGAAGAUUAUAUUGAUGAAAAUACUGGUCGUCCUGUACUUCCGUCCAUAUCUGGUGAAAAUGCUUUCUUAAAUCGUGUGGUUACUCCACUUUAUCAAACGAUUAAAGCUGAAGUUGAGAAUAGUCGGAAUGGUACUGCUCCUCAUUCUGUUUGGAGGAAUUAUGAUGAUAUUAAUGAAUAUUUUUGGAGUAAACGUUGUUUUCAGCGUCUGAAAUGGCCAAUUGAUGUUGGGAGUAAUUUUUUUGUUACCUCUGGUAAAAAUAAGAGAGUUGGAAAGACUGGGUUUGUUGAGCAACGAUCUUUCUGGAAUUUAUUUCGAAGUUUUGAUCGACUUUGGAUAAUGCAUAUAUUGUUUCUGCAAGCUGCUAUCAUUGUAGCUUGGGACAGUAACUCCACUUAUCCUUGGGAAGCGUUGAAAAAGAGAAAUAUGCAAGUUAAGUGUCUCACGGUAUUCAUAACGUGGGGAGGUCUUCGCUUUAUUCAAUCAUUACUUGAUGUAGGGACACAGUAUACGUUGAUAUCUAGGGAAACUUUGGGGGUUGGGGUGAGAAUGUUGAUGAAGAGCAUUGUUGCGGCAGCGUGGACUAUUGCUUUUGGUGCUAUGUAUGGAAGAAUUUGGAACCAGAGGAAUCGUGAGAAUCAGGGCCUUCAAUGGUCACGUGAAGCAAAUCGGCUAGUGAUGAAUUUCUUGUACGCAGCUUUGGUGUUUAUUGUACCAGAACUAUUAGCACUGUCUUUCUUCAUUCUUCCUUGGAUCAGGAACUUUAUUGAAGGAACCAAUUGGAGUGUCUUCUAUGUGUUGACUUGGUGGUUUCAAAGUCGAACUUUUGUUGGGCGUGGUCUGAGAGAAGGUAUUUGGGAUAACAUCAAGUACACACUCUUCUGGAUUUUGGUUUUAGCAACAAAAUUCUGCUUUAGUUACUUCCUCCAAAUCAAGCCAUUGAUUGAGCCGACAAAGGCAGUUUUAAGACUCAGGGAUGUUCAGUUGAAUUGGCCUCAGUUCUUCAAUGACGGUAACAGAUUAGCAGUUGGUUUGUUAUGGCUUCCGGUGGUUUUAAUUUAUCUUAUGGAUAUACAAAUAUGGUAUUCUAUAUACUCUUCUUUUGUUGGGGCAAUGGUCGGAUUGUUCGCACAUCUGGGUGAGAUUCGAAAUAUCCAACAACUAACCCUUAGGUUUCAGUUCUUUGCGAGCGCAAUGCAGUUUAAUCUCAUGCCGGAGGAGCAAUUAUUCAGGACUAGAGGGUCACUGAAGAACAGGUUCAAUGAUGCAGUUCGCAGGUUGAAGCUACGGUAUGGACUGGGUUCACCUUACAAGAAGCUUGAGUCGAAUCAGGUGGAGGCACACAAGUUCGCUUUGAUAUGGAAUGAGAUUAUUUCGACGUUCAGGGAAGAAGAUAUAGUCAGUGACCAGGAGGUUGAGCUACUUGAACUGCCGGCAAACACGUGGAACAUUAGAGUUAUCAGAUGGCCAUGUUUACUCCUUUGCAAUGAGCUUCUGCUAGCUCUCAGCCAAGCAAAAGAAUUGGUGGAUGCACCUGACAGGUGGCUCUGGAAGAAGAUAUGCAAGAGUGAGUACAGGAGGUGUGCUGUAAUUGAAGCUUACGAUAGUAUCAAGCGCAUGCUGCUUGAAAUAGUCAAGGAUCGCACGGAAGAGAACUCCAUCAUAAGGACUUUGUUCAGGGAGAUUGAUCAUGCAGUCGAGAUUGAGAAGUUCACAAAAACAUACGACAUGACUGCACUGCCUCAGAUCCAUGCCAAGUUGAUAACUCUAGUUGAACUCCUAAAUAAGCCAAAGAAGGAUGUGAGUAAGUUGGUAAAUACAAUACAGGCUCUGUAUGAAAUCUUGAUUCGAGAUUUUCCAAAGGAGAAGAGGACAUCGGAGCAGUUAAGGGAAGAUGGGUUGGCCAUUCAGAAUCCAGACGAAAACAAAGUUCUGCCGUUUGAGAAUGUUGUUGAGGUUCCUGCUGCCGAGAACACAUCCUUCUACCGUCAGGUGCGUCGUUUGCAGACAAUUCUAACAUCCAGAGACUCAAUGCACAAAGUCCCCAUAAAUCUCGAGGCAAGACGCCGUAUAGCCUUCUUUAGCAACUCACUCUUUAUGAACAUGCCACAUGCUCCCCAAGUUGAAAAAAUGAUGGCUUUUAGUGUUCUGACUCCUUACUAUACCGAAGAGGUCAUCUACAGCAAAGAACAACUUGAAAAAAAGAAUGAAGAUGGAAUCUCUACCCUUUAUUAUUUGCAGAAGAUUUAUGAUGACGAGUGGAAGAACUUUAAGGAGAGGAUGCGUAGAGAUGGGAUGGUCGAUGAGGAAGAGAUGUGGACAACCAGGGUGAGAGAGCUGCGGCUUUGGGCAUCAUAUCGAGGCCAAACUCUAUCUCGCACUGUCAGGGGAAUGAUGUACUACUACAAGGCUCUCAAAAUGCUGGCAUUCCUUGAUUCUGCAUCAGAGAUGGACAUCAGGGAAGGAUCACAGGAACUUUCUUCGGUGAGACAGGACGACAGAGUUAUUGAUGGUUCGGAUUCUGGCAGGGAACCUUCUUCGAGAAAUCUCAGCAGGGCAAGUAGUGGAGUCAAUGUGUUAUUCAAAGGUCACGAGUAUGGAACUGCUUUAAUGAAAUACACAUAUGUGGUCGCCUGCCAGGUCUACGGGUCUCAGAAGGCAAAGAAAGAUCCACGUGCAGAGGAGAUCUUAUACCUAAUGAAGAACAAUGAGGCCCUUCGAGUUGCCUAUGUUGAUGAGGUCUACACAGGGAGGGAAGAGGUGGAAUAUUAUUCCGUUCUAGUAAAAUAUGACCAGAACCUGCAGAAGGAAGUUGAGAUCUACAGGAUUAGGUUGCCUGGUCCCUUGAAAAUCGGGGAAGGUAAACCAGAGAAUCAAAAUCAUGCUCUCAUAUUCACCCGUGGCGAUGCAGUGCAAACCAUUGACAUGAACCAAGACAACUAUUUUGAGGAGGCUCUCAAAAUGCGGAAUCUAUUGGAAGAAUAUAGGAAGUAUUACGGCAUCAGGAAGCCCACCAUAUUAGGAGUCCGGGAGCACAUCUUCACAGGUUCUGUUUCAUCUCUUGCUUGGUUCAUGUCUGCUCAAGAGAUGAGCUUUGUCACCUUGGGGCAGCGUGUUCUAGCAAACCCCCUAAAGGUACGAAUGCAUUAUGGCCACCCUGAUGUGUUUGAUAGGUUCUGGUUCUUGACUCGGGGUGGUAUAAGUAAGGCGUCUCGAGUUAUCAAUAUUAGUGAAGACAUUUUUGCUGGUUUCAAUUGUACAUUGCGAGGUGGCAAUGUUACACACCAUGAGUACAUUCAGGUUGGUAAGGGAAGGGAUGUUGGUUUGAAUCAGAUAUCCAUGUUUGAGGCCAAGGUUGCCAGUGGCAAUGGUGAGCAGAUUCUUAGCAGGGAUGUGUAUCGCUUGGGUCAUAGACUUGAUUUCUUUCGGAUGCUGUCAUUCUUUUAUACCACGGUGGGGUUCUUUUUUAACACUAUGAUGGUGAUCCUCACUGUUUAUGCGUUUGUAUGGGGUCGACUUUAUCUUGCUCUCAGUGGAAUUGAGAAAGGGAUGAAAACUUCUACUAACAACAAAGCAUUUGGUGCCAUACUGAAUCAGCAGUUCAUAAUCCAGCUUGGUCUCUUCACCGCUCUCCCGAUGAUUGUGGAGAACUCUCUCGAGCAUGGAUUCCUGAAUGCAAUUUGGGAUUUCCUGACAAUGCAGCUGCAGCUUUCAUCUGUUUUUUACUCAUUUUCAAUGGGAACACGUACUCAUUAUUUUGGCCGGACCGUUCUUCAUGGGGGUGCUAAAUACCGUGCUACCGGCCGUGGUUUUGUUGUGGAACACAAGAGUUUUGCUGAGAACUAUAGACUAUAUGCGCGUAGCCAUUUUGUGAAAGCAGUUGAGCUCGGGCUGAUAUUGAUAUUGUAUGCUGCAUACAGCCCCUUGGCGAAGGAUACUUUUGUGUACAUAGCCAUGACGAUCUCGAGUUGGUUUCUGGUAAUAUCAUGGAUCCUGGCUCCCUUUGUGUUUAAUCCCUCUGGCUUUGACUGGUUGAAAACUGUCUAUGACUUCGACAAUUUUAUGACCUGGAUAUGGUGUCGUGGUGGGGUUUUCACUAAAGCAGAGCAGACCUGGGAAACUUGGUGGAAUGAAGAACAGGAUCAUCUCAGAAUGACAGGUCUCUGGGGGAAGCUGUUAGAAAUAAUUCUAGACCUGCGUUAUUUCUUUUUCCAGUUUGGUGUCGUAUAUCAGCUGGGGAUUGCCAAUGGAAGCACCCAUAUUGCAGUAUAUUUACUUUCGUGGAUUUACGUGGUCGUGUUUGUUGGGAUUUACGUGAUCAUGGCAUAUGCCCGUGAUAAGUAUGCUGCAAAGGAACACAUUUACUACAGGAUGGUUCAGUUCCUUGUCGUCAUCCUUGCUGUGCUUGUGAUUGUCCUCUUGCUGGAAUUCACAAAAUUCAAAUUUAUCGAUAUCUUUACAGGGUUCUUAGCAUUCAUUCCAACGGGAUGGGGUUUGAUAUCCAUUGCCCAAGUAUUUAAACCCUUUCUCCAGUCCACAAUGCUGUGGGGAACUGUUGUGUCUAUGGCACGGAUGUACGAUAUCCUUUUCGGAGUGAUUGUCAUGGUCCCUGUUGCAACGUUAUCUUGGUUGCCUGGGUUCCAGUCUAUGCAGACAAGGAUCCUCUUCAAUGAAGCAUUUAGCAGAGGGCUCCAGAUAUCUCGUAUUUUAGAAGGCAAAAAAUCUACCAAGGACUUAUGACAGAAGAUUUUAGUCUGAGAAAUAGAUGAAACAGCUGAACGAAAUUUCUCUUUUGGAGCCCUUUCUUCUUUUAGAAGAGGCUUGGGAAAGAGAGUGAAGUUCAGUAACCUAAUGGCAGCCAGAAUUUUUGUCUUGUGCAUCACUAUCUUGUAAUUGUCCUACAUUUUAUAUAUUAAACUUCGUAGAGGAGGGAAGAAAGCAGACUCUUUCUGUAUGUUAUCUUUUUGUUUAUCUUCCCUUUAAUGGUUGUAAAUGUGAUAUUUACAGUUUUUCAAUUUCGUACGGGAGGUUCUUGGCAGUGUAAAUUUAUUAUCAGUAUAGAAGUAGGAGUGGUCAAGUUGAUUGUAGUUCUCGUAGUAUUGGUAGUAUUGGAGUGUAGUGUUGUUUAUUCUGCUCAUGACAAACAAACAAUUCAUUGACAGUAUAGUUAGUACUAAUCUUUUCUCCACAAAGAAGAUUAGUCUAUUUUUUUCCUCUGCA